AUAUGCACAACUUUGUAUGUAUCUAUAUAUGUACGGAGAGAGAGAGAGAGAAAAAAGUUAUUAUGUUAUUAUUUUGUUCAUCAAUAACUAUGCUUUGUUCACGUUUUCUUUAUUUCCAAUCUGCUACUUGGCGAAUCGGUGUGUAACCAUCACGACCCAUUUUCGCAGCUUCGCUUCUUCAUGUGGGUCGAGCCGGGUUCUUCUUCUUCUUCCAUGGAGAUGGAGGUGGAUGCAGUACAAGUUAAUGACCUGAAUUGUAUUGACGAACAAUCUCUUUCUCCAGAAUAUUCUGGUGUUUAUGAUGCUUUUGGUGAACCAGACAUAUUUCCUCGGGUGGGUGACCAGUACCAGGUUGAAAUUCCAUCUUUAAUUUCAAAAUCUGACUAUUACUGGCUUCUAAGGAAUCCCCAUGAGGCAGAGAGCACAGCAAGUAGGACUCUCCAUAAGUUUCGAGUUGGAUUACCCAUCCCAAUAAUUUGGAUUAAGGAUGUAGAGAACAAUAGGCACGAUCAUCAGAAAAAUGCAUGCAAGUCAAAUGGAGUUACAAAUAAAAUUGAAUCCUCAAAACUAGAAUGUAUAGAAGAGACCUUGAAUGGUCUGGAUUGUGAUAAAUUAAAGCCUAAACUUGGGUCCGUUGACAGUACAUUGGUGAAAUUAGGAGAAUCAGGAAAUUCCAAUAUGCAGCAAGAAACAGAGAUUGAGAUGUGCAAGAAGCAUAGAGAUAAAGGCCAUUGUUUAGUUCCUGGGGCUGCAAGUGACACCUGGAAUCAAAUUGAAGAGGCCAGUUUCAUCCUUGGCUUGUAUAUAUUCGGGAAGAACCUUGUUCAGGUGAAAAGAUUUAUUGGCAAUAAGAAGAUGGGAGAUAUACUGUCAUUCUAUUAUGGGAAAUUUUAUAAAUCUGACAAAUUUCAAAGAUGGUCUGGAUGUAGAAAAAUGAGAAGCAGAAAAUGCAUUUAUGGCCAAAAAAUAUUCACAGGACCAAGGCAACAAGAGCUCUUGUCUCGAUUACUACCAACUGUGUCAGGGGAAUGCUACAAUAAAUUACUUGAGGUGUCCAAGGCAUUUGUAGAGGGGAAAAUGCUUCUAGAAGAUUAUGUUUUAACUUUGAAGGCCUCAGUUGGGCUCAAAGCUCUUGUUGAGGGAGUAGGAGUUGGUAAGGGGAAAGAAGAUCUUACAGGACUCGCUAUAGAUUCUAUGAAAUCCACACAAGUACUUCCUGCUCGCCAAGAAAUACCUGUUGGCAAAGCAUGUUCAUUGCUUACUCCUGAAAUAAUAAGCUUUCUAACAGGUGAUUUCAGAUUAAGUAAAGCUCGAACAAGUGAUCUCUUCUGGGAAGCUGUUUGGCCUCGUUUACUUGCCAGAGGUUGGCACUCUGAGCAGCCAGAUAGUCAUAAUUAUGCUGCUACUUCUAAGUAUUCUCUGGUCUUCCUUGUCCCUGGAGUUAAAAAGUUUUCAAGGAAACUAGUGAAGGGGAAUCACUAUUUUGAUUCUGUUAGUGAUGUCCUGUGUAAAGUUGCUUCUGACCCUGAGCUGAUUGAGCUUGAGACGAUAGCAGAUAAUGAUUGCACUAGCCAAGAAGGAAAUGGGUGGACAAAAGAUACAAAACUGGACCGUGAAAAUUCCCCUGAUCAACCACGCCACUGCUAUCUCAAGGUAAAAACUCCAAACCACAGUACAGAUGUCAUGAAAUUUACUGUUGUGGACACAAGUCUGGCUAGUGAAAAAAUGACAAAGGUGAGAGAACUGAGAAGCUUGCCAUUUGAAAUUUUAAAAGCUUGUACUUUUGAAAAUGACUCUGAUGAUGAGAAUACUUCUGAGGAGCAAACAAAUGAAUCUGAGUCUGUCAAUACCACUUGCUUGGAUAGGGAGAAGAAUGACAUUACUAAAGCCAGUAAAUCUAAUACUGGUAAGUUUGUCUCUUCACUUUUGAAUUGUUUAGAACACAAUCCUUCAAAAGAGGAGCUUCCAAGGAGCAGCAUGGGUUCUAGUAGCCUAUCUGCUGCCUCCAAGGGACCAAAGACAGAAUUCUUGAGUAACACACUCAAAAGAGAUGGUAUGAAGUGCCCAUCACUCCAGAGAAUGGUAUCUGACAACAAAAAUGAUCUAGUCCCUGUUACAAAAAGACGGAGGAGAUUAACUGCCUGUAGUCGUGCAAAGAAAAAUAGCAACACUGCCAAUUUCUUUGUGGUUCCCAGAGUAAAUCAGGAGGAGGCCAGUUUUUGCCCGGAUCCAGACAAUUCAAAAUCUAGUGCAAAUGUAACUGCCAACGUCUUUGUGGCUUCCAGAGUAAAACAAGAGGAAGCCAUUCCUCACAAGUCAAAAUGUAGUGAGAGUGUUCUUUCAUGGGAAAUCCCAACCCAGGAGAAAAACUCAUCAGCAGAUUUUCCAACCCAGAAAAACAAAACAUUAGCAGAUCCUCCAUCAAAUCCCAGCUCAAUCAUCAAUGGAGAAGCUGUUCGUGACACUAGUUCUUCAGGCAAUAAGGAUCAAUGUGAUAAACCCCAGCCACGGACUAUGAUUGACCUUAACUUACCUGUUCCACUGGAAGUUGAAGCUGAUGAAACUUUUGUGAAUGAAGUGGCGGAGAUGCAGCAAAAUAACACAGGCAAGGAAUCAGAUGAUCUCAGUGUUGUAACAAAUGCCAAACUUAGUGAACAGCCUGACAUUCACACCCGGAGGCAGAGCACCAGAAACCGGCCACCAACAACAAAAGUGCUAGAAGCUUUUGCCUUUGGAUAUCUAGACAGAAAGGAGAAGUGCAGAAAUAGAGAUUAUCUCCAGGACAGUUCAACAAGGCCUUCCCGACGUGUUUCUCGCAAAUUGGCAGGCUCUAGAAAUGGUGGUACUGAUCUUGAAAAAGAGGAAAAAACAGAUGUUGUCUGUAAUGGGAAUGGUAACCAUAGCAUUGACAGUAAUGUGAUAUACACAGGCUCCAAGUGUAAUGAAAGAUAAAUGAAACGGAGUUUGAAUCGAAGCAGUGGAAGUUUGAUUACCUGUUUCUAAUAUCAUGAGAUGGCAACGCAUGACAUAAACAAGAUAGCAGCCUUUUCACUCAUUGAAGUGGUUAUCUGCACAUAAUGGAUGUUAGAUAUUAACUUCGAAAGAAGUUUUUUUUACAGCUUAAAACUUUUCAAGUUUUUCCCUCUGGUCUUCCCAGCUUUGCAAUCAACAGAAUCUGAGAUUUCUAGUCUCCUGGAGUUGAAGUUUUAUGCUUUUCUCGUUUCUUAGUUGCAGUGCCAGUCUUCAAUGUCAGACAAGGUUCCACUGAACUCUUGCUGCCCCUGGUUAUGAACAGAAUACACAGUAAGCCAAUGCACAUUAUGACUAUAGUUUUUUUUAUUACUAUUAUUUUGGGUCACAUAAUUAGAUGUUUAACCUCAUCAAGUUCUGUCAGAUGAUGACAGAAUAAAGGAAAAGGAGCACAGUUACCAUAGGCUUUUCCCCUGUAUGGGUGUGUCCUCCUAGGUAGGUGAUGACUCCAAACAUUCAUUAUAUUAUUAUACAUGCAUAUAAGAUGUGAUUUCAUCAUAAUUA